UGCUUUAACAACAUAAGGGAAACAUUAUCUUAUCUUGCCCGUUGACUCCAUUUUAUUGGUCAUGCUGAUCUAAUUUCAAAUGUUAAGGUGAUCAAGUGCAAAUUGGGGGAAGUAAGUGAAGGUUAUCCUAAAAUAAAAAAAUAAAAAAUAUAUAAAAUUACUGACAAAAAUAUUAGCAAAAAGCCGUAGGACUCUGUUUUAAAAUAAGAAGCAACAGCUUAUCUAAAGCAAGAAAUAACAACUCAUCAUUGUCUGUGAAUAUUAUAUCCUCGGUACCUCGAUCAUAUUGGCUUUUCAUUAAUGUUUUUACAUCCCUCAUAAUGAAGGUCAAGAACGACAAAACAACGGAUGGUAAAACCAGUGUCCAAAAGCCCCUGGAAUGAAAACCAGGGAAUGGUUUUGUCAUAGCCUACUGAAUUUGCAUUACACUUUAUUACAAUACCAACAAAAACAACUCUGCUUAUUCAGACUGCCCAUUAACUGAUUAAAAUUGUAAACUUUUCUCAUAUUGUUUCUUUUCCCAUUCAUAGUAUAUAUAUACCCAUCCAAUACAAUAGUCUCAUCUCAAACCACCGACUUCAUAGUUUGAUAAGCUUUAUAUAUAGUCUCCAUUUAUAUCAUAUUUUCUCUCUCUUUAUUUUGUUUUGUUUUGGGUUGUGAGUGAAGAAGAGAAAGAAGAAAUGUCGAAUACAGUUGGUCAAGUCAUACGUUGCAGAGCUGCUGUGGCAUGGGAAGCAGGGAAGCCAUUAGUGAUUGAAGAAGUGGAGGUGGCUCCUCCACAGAAAAUGGAGGUCCGUCUGAAGAUUCUCUAUACCUCUCUCUGCCACACUGAUGUCUACUUCUGGGAAGCCAAGGGACAGAACCCCGUGUUUCCUCGGAUUCUCGGGCAUGAGGCAGGAGGGAUUGUGGAGAGUGUGGGGGAGGGUGUGACCGAUCUUGCACCAGGAGACCAUGUGCUCCCUGUCUUCACCGGUGAGUGCAAAGAGUGUGCUCAUUGCAAAUCAGAAGAGAGCAACAUGUGUGAUCUCCUCAGGAUUAACACCGAUAGGGGAGUGAUGAUUCAUGAUGAAAAAUCGAGGUUCACGAUCAAUGGCAAGCCCAUUUACCAUUUUGUUGGAACAUCCACCUUUAGCGAGUACACUGUGAUCCAUGUUGGUUGUGUUGCCAAGAUAAACCCCCUAGCCCCUCUAGACAAAGUUUGCAUUCUCAGCUGUGGAAUCUCCACAGGCCUUGGUGCCACUUUGAAUGUUGCCAAACCAAAAAAGAGCUCAACUGUUGCAGUAUUUGGAUUGGGAGCUGUAGGCCUUGCUGCUGCAGAAGGCGCCAGAAUUUCCGGGGCUUCAAGAAUUAUUGGUGUUGAUCUGAAUGCUAACAGAUUUGAACUAGCAAAGAAAUUUGGCGUGACAGAGUUCGUUAAUCCAAAAGACCAUAACAAACCAGUUCAAGAGGUGCUUGCUGAGAUGACUGGUGGAGGAGUGGAUAGAAGCAUUGAAUGUACUGGCCACAUCGAUGCCAUGAUUUCUGCAUUCGAAUGUGUACACGAUGGCUGGGGUGUUGCUGUUCUUGUGGGUGUUCCCCACAAAGAUGCUGUCUUCAAGACUCACCCAGUGAAUUUCCUGAACGAAAGGACUCUAAAGGGUACCUUCUUCGGCAAUUAUAAACCCCGCUCGGACCUUCCCUCUGUCGUCGAAAAGUACAUGAACAAGGAACUUGAACUGGAGAAGUUCAUUACUCACGAAGUCUCAUUCUCGGAGAUCAACAAGGCCUUCGACCUCAUGCUGAAAGGGGAAAGCCUUCGAUGCAUCAUCCGUAUGGAUUGAUACAGAACGGCAUGGAAAUCUGCAGUAGGAUGCAGUUGAUUUGCAUCUUUUUUUGGGCGGGAAAAUAUAAUAAAAUAUGUUUGGUUGUUUGUGAGCAUACAUGACUCUAUCUAUUGAAAUGCUAAAUUUCUUUUGUUUGUUGAUAUCUUAAGAAAAAAAAAUGAAUAUUUUUCUGGUUUUUAUUUUUGACCGUUUCGAAAAUUCACACCUAAAUUCA